AUGACAGAAGAACUAAGAAAAGAUGACAUACAUAAAGCUACAUCAGUGCAAUCUCCACGACCAUCGUCGCCAAGGAAAUUUUUCGCGCGUAUCUAUGGGCAUUUAGAAACUGCCCAGCAAACACAAGUUCAAGUAGUAGAACAAAAGAAGCAGGAGUCUGACAGUGAGUCUAGUUCUGAAGUAGAGAUAGGUGAAAACGAAAACUUGAAAGCGAGGGUGCACCAACUAUGGACGCCACCACCGCCUUUACCCUUAUGCCCGCGACCAAUGUUAUUGCCACACCAGCAGAUAGCAUUCGGUGCUGGAUUAGCCGCAUUCUUGGCUCGGAGAAGACGUAAAGAGAGUCGACCUCGUCGCCAAAGAACAACCUUCUCAGCACAUCAAACCCUUCGUCUUGAAUUGGAAUAUGCGAGAGGCGAAUAUGUAGCGAGGACGCGAAGAUGUGAGCUGGCAUCUGCACUGUCUCUAAGCGAAACACAAGUAAAAAUUUGGUUCCAAAACCGAAGAGCUAAAGAUAAAAGAAUUGAAAAGGCGCACCUUGAUCAACAAUACAGGCAUUUAGCAGCCGCGUCAGGUUUCUUCCCAACCAUACUCACCACACCUUUCGGCCAGCCUCCGCCAUGUCCGUGCCUGCCAGUUCAUCCACAGCAAGCAAACCACAAAUAA